AUAAAUUUUUUAAUAUGUCUGCAGAACAAAAGAACAAAAAUGGGGCUUUUAUGAAGUUUUUUGAAUCUGCCGAAACUUUGUGUCAAUUAGAUAAUAUCAAAAAAUGGUUUGAGAAACAUUACAGAAAUUAUUCUGUACAAGAACAACCGACUGCCAAAUCAUUGGCUUUAUUAACUUUAAAUUUAAUUCAAUUUCAAGAUGAAUAUUUAAGUAUUAAAGCAGAAAAUCCUCCUAUAACAAGGAUACCAGCAAAAUCUUUUUUAGAUUUUAAACCUGGGGGUGUGUUAUGCCAGAUAUUAGCUAUAGUUUAUAAAUUUAAAUCAGAUCAAGGAUGGCGAAAACUAGAUUUCUCUUCUCCAUCAAGAUUGGAAUCUAACUUAGAAUUAUUUAUAAAUAUUGAACAAACUUUAUUAGCAUCGAAUGCCAUAACUAGACCAAAAAUAUACUUAGUCUCAAACAAUAGACCAACUUCAAGCAUCAAUAAUCCAAAUAAUAUUAGAAUUCAAGCUAUUGAAAUAGUUCAAAAGCAUAAAGGAAUUUUGGUUGAAUCAAUGGAAGAGGCAACUCAUAUUGUAUAUUGUGAUCCAAUUAUUAAACUAACAAUAAAAGAGUUGACAAGUAAUAUUGGAAACAAAUGUCCAGACACUUCUAUGAUUGUUGAUGAUGAGGAUGAUGAUAAACCUUUAAAGAAUAUUGGAUUAUCAAAUUCUAAAGAAGAUGAUAUGAAGUUGAGAAUUUUGUCAAAGAAGAAAAAGGAUAUACUCGUACAUUGGAUGCGCAGUCCAGAAAGUUAUGAUCAAUGGCUCUACGAUAUUGAAAUCGAUAUCGAGCCAAUAGAUCAAAAUCAAACAAAUAAGAAAUGGCAUUUGUCUUGUUUGUGGCUCUUUGAUCUCGACAUAUUUAACGAGUGGAUGUCCGAAAUUGAUUAUGCUAUACCAGAAAAAGCGACUUUAGAGGAUAAUGAAGAAAAGACUUUGAAACGGAUAGUAUUCUCUGGCGAACUUUUAACCACCAAAUAUAUGAAGCAUCACGUCCAAUUCAACGAAGCUAUAACCAACGCUCGUUCUAUCUCGGCCAAGGCUGAUAAAUUGCGAAAAGAUAGGUUCAAGGGACUUGAUUUUGGACAGCUUACCGCCUCAUUGAAUCAUAGCCACAAUUUGAUAAACAAAACUAUUUUAGGAGUUUUAAAUAGCGGAAGUAAUGUUACAACGAGUAACAAUGCUGAUAAAAAAUCUUCUGGCAAUGUAUCAUCCCUCAAACGAAAAAGCUCCCACCAUAACAACCCUUCCACGAGCUCUUUAUCUUCUAAUUUUCCAUCUAGCAUUCCCACCAAGAAGAGACUUAGGGAGGAAGAUUUAUCCAACAUCAACAAUGAUUCCAUGGAUUCUAACAGUAAUCAAGAUAUUGCCCUUGAUAAGAAGGACCCAGAGGCUACUAUAACCAAGACCAAAGAAAUUCCUAUAUCUAAAUUAGACUCUACGAAUGUAACUACUACAAAUAAUAGCUCAUCAUGCAAUAACACUUCGAGUGCAGAACAAACCUAUCACAUUAUAAUUCCUAGCUACUCUGCUUGGUUCGAUUAUAACUCAAUAAACAGAGUCGAAAAAAGAGCCCUCCCCGAGUUUUUUAACGGGAUAAACAAAUCGAAGACUCCAGAAAUAUACAUAGCCUAUAGAAAUUUUAUGAUAGACACGUAUAGACUUAAUCCCUUUGAGUACCUCACAUUCACGGCAUGCAGACGUAACCUUACGGGCGAUGUUUGUUCUAUUUUAAGAGUGUUCGCCUUCCUAGAACAAUGGGGCCUUAUUAAUCAUCAAGCCGGUUCCGAUUUCGACCCGAGUUCCAACUCUUCUCUUACAACCUUCAAACCCUAUAGCCUAGGGCCUCCAUCUACGGCUCAUUUUCACGUUCUAGCCGAAACCCCCACUGGUUUAUUAGUCAAUAAUAAUCCCACUCCUUCUAAUGCUAGCAAAACUGGUAAUGAACCUGGAGUAGGAGAGCCUAAUAUUCUUAGUUCCUUAGGAGUUAGUUUAGCCUCUGGCCUUUCUACUCAAAAUAAUCUUGUUUUGGGCGGCGGCAAAUUAUCCCAAAUCUCAAAUUUUGGACUUAAAAUGGAUCAAUAUUUACCCAAAAAAUUGAAUCAAGCCGGAAAAACUAUGACCUCCGACAUUUCAUCUAACUCCCUUCCCCUCUCAUCGAAUGUAACAGCUGGUACGACCACAAAUGCUGCAAGUUCUGUUAACGAAUGGAGCCAACAAGAGAUCCUGUCACUUUUAGAGGGCCUUGAAAUGUAUAAAGACGAUUGGAACCGAAUAUGCGAGCAUGUGGGUGGGGGCCGAACUCAGGAAGAGUGCGUACUCAAAUUUUUACAGUUACCUCUUGAGGACCCAUACCUGUCUGGGGAAAAAAACGAAACAGAUGGGUCCGAGAUAUUAGGUCCGUUAGCUUAUCAACCAUUCCCGUUCAGCCAAUCCGGUAACCCAGUGAUGUCGGUGGUUGCAUUUCUUGCAUCCGUCAUAGAUCCCAGAGUUGCUGCAUCCGCAGCUAAAGCAGCCUUAGAAGAAUUUUCUAAGAUAAAAGACGAGGUCCCUAAGGCAAUGGUAGAUUGCCAUGCCCAACAAAUCAAAAUUAAAUACCGAGAAACUUUAUCCGCUGCUACCUUGCAAGCUUCAAAUAGCGGUUUAUCGUUAGAAACUAUAUCGAAAAGUCUUUUAGAAACUAGCGGUAUAGCCGGAACAGAAACCCAGAGUCAAUGCGAUAUCGAAAUGUUGACGGAAAGGUUCACAACCCCCUUGGUUAAGUCUGAAGAAACGAAUAGCGAAGAAAAAAACAAUAAUUCGGAAAUAACCACCAGUAGUGUUAGCCAGGGCAAUGAGGUAGAUGAAGCCGGCCUAGUUGCCAUGGGUGGUGACAGAACCAAAAAACGCCAUAUAGCUGUGAUUAAUCCUACAAUCGUUAGUUCUAACCAAUCUAUUUCAUCAGACACUUCAACUCGUGAUGCAUAUUUAAUAGCUAACCAAGAAUCUGUAGAGACAUCUUCAGAAUAUCCUAGGCAAUUAGUAAAUAUACCUGAUUCAAACCUCACGAUAAAAACGGUACCACUUCAUGCAGAAGAAGAUAAAACGACUAUUACUGAUGCAGAUAUUCAAUCCAGCGCGGCUGUUGCUUUGAGCGCUGCAGCAGUGAAAGCUAAACAUUUAGCCAGUGUCGAAGAAAGGAAGAUAAAAUCUUUAGUUGCCCUCUUAGUUGAAACUCAAAUGAAAAAAUUGGAGAUAAAACUGAGACAUUUCGAAGAAUUAGAAGCCAUCAUGGAUAAAGAAAAGGAACAACUUGAAUAUCAAAGGCAACAAUUAUUGCAGGAAAGACAAAACUUUCACCUUGAACAGAUCAGAGCCCUGGAAUUUAGAGCAAGAAAUCAAGUUUUGCAAGAAAUUCAGCAUCAUUCUUCUGCCACCCCUCUUUCUCAAUCUGGGCCGGCACCACCUCCAAUACCACCGCAAUAUAAAUAAAUAUAUUAUUUUAAAUUUGAUUUAUAUGUUUAUUUUUUUAUAUGUUAAAUAUAGAUUUCAAAAAUAUUUUAUUUAUUUUGGACAUUGCUAUAACUUAAUUAAUCCAAGAAGAAUGUAUUACCUUAAAUUAUUUUAUUAUUAAGACAAAUAAAUUAAAUUGUAUAUUAUGAUUUUUUAAAUUUAUAAAUAAAAAUUGCAUAUUA